ACCUUCACAGUGAGCCGAACAGAGCAGCAUCAAACACUCAAACCUCAGCGUUUGGAUGGCGACCUUUGAUGACCUCCUGGAGGAGGCCGGCUCUUUCGGCCGCUGCCAGAAGCGGAUCUUCGCCAUGCUCUGCUUCUUGUCGUUGCCUUUCUCCGGCGUCUACGUUGGGAUUGUCUUCCAGGGCUUCACGCCGGAUCACUGGUGCCGGGACUCGGCGCUGGUGGAGAGGAGGGAGGCCUGCGGAUGGAGCCUGGAGAAGAGUCGCAGCCUGACGGCGCCGCUGGUCAACGUCUCAGGAGUCCUGCAGCACAGCAGCUGCGAUCAGCAUGAGGUGGACUGGAACAACACAGAACUCAGCUGUGACCCAGAAGGACUGGACUUUAGCGGAGUGGCUGUUGCACCAUGCAAGGAAGGAUGGGAAUAUCAUUAUCAAGGCAGGAAGUCAUUUGUCACUGAGUUCAACCUGGUGUGUUCAGAUGGAUGGCUGGUGGAUAUGUACCAGUCAACUCUCAACAUGGGCUUCCUGGUUGGCAGCUUUGCUUUUGGUUACUUUGCUGACAGAUUUGGACGGAUGAAGAGUUUCCUCAUGUCCAACGUGAUAAACGUAGUAGCAGGAAUCGGUUUGGCUGUAGUACCAAACUACAUCGUCAUCCUGGUGCUCAGGGCCAUCUUCGGCUUCAGCGUCAAAGGAGGCUGGAUGGCCAUAUAUGUGCUGUUAACAGAAUUAGUUGGGGUCAAGUACAGACGCACAGUCGGCAUUUUGUAUCAGAUGUUCUUCAGUAUCGGGCUCCUCAUCCUCCCUCUGCUCGCCUACUUCAUCACUGACUGGCGCUGGCUGCAGGUUGCCUUCACGGCACCAUAUGCUCUUUAUUUCGCUUACUACUGGUUUAUCCCAGAGUCUCCAAGGUGGCUCAUCUCUCAAAACAAUUCCUCAAAAGCUCUGGAAAUAACCAAGGCUAUUGCCAAGGAGAACAGGAAGAAACUCUCCUCUCAUUUUGAGGUACUAAUUGAUGAUGAAGUUGAGUCCACCUCUGCCUCGUUGUUGGACUUGAUCAGAACUCCCAAUAUGAGAAAACACACUUUCAUCCUCAUGUUUAACUGGUUCACCAGUGCUGUGGUUUAUCAGGGCCUCAUCAUGCGGGUGGGGCUAACAGGAGGAAACGUCUACGUCGACUUCCUCAUCGCCGGUCUGGUUGAGUUUCCUGCCGCGUUCCUCAUCCUGUUGACGAUUGAGCGGAUCGGCCGUCGGCUUCCCUUUGCGUCCGCCAACAUCGUAGCUGGAAUCUCCUGCAUCGUCACUGCUUUCAUUCCUGACAGCAUGUUCUGGUUAAAGACCAUAGUGGCCUGCAUCGGUCGGCUGGGGAUCACCAUGGCCUUUGAGAUGGUGGUGUUUGUUAACACUGAGCUCUACCCAACUUGUGUCAGGAACCUCGGAGUGUCGGUUUGCUCCACUCUUUGUGAUAUUGGAGGAAUUGUUUCUCCCUUCUUGCUCUACAGACUGGCCAGCAUCUGGCUUGAACUGCCUCUCAUUAUCUUUGGAGCUGUAGCUCUGGUAGCUGGAGGUUUGGUUCUGCUGCUGCCUGAAACCAGAGGAGUUGCUCUGCCUGAUACCAUCGAGGACGUUGAGUUUCCUGAUCGGAAAAAGGGGAAACAAGAAGAAAAUCAGGAAGUGAUGCACGUCUUGAAAACUAAUGAAGUGGCUUAGUUUUAUUUUAACAAAUUAGCUUCAACUUAAGAAAUCAUUUUUGUUUUUAAUGUGUUUUUAAUACAAAGUCUUACUUCUAAAAUUAAGCAUUUUAUUGUUUUUCACAAUGCAACAUGAUGGUCAGCUUUUUAGUUGGAUUGUAUUGUUUUCUUGGUUCAGUCAACGAAAAAGGUUUAAGUCAACCUGAAAUGCGCUGGAAUCAAUUUACAACAAACUGGAUUUUAAAACAUAAUGUUCAAAGCUGAAGUUUCAACAAAAAUUACAUUUUUCUUCCUCUUUUUGUAGUUUUUUUUAUUGUGGCACUUAAAGAAGCAUCGCACUAUAAAACACAUCGUAAAAUAAAUUAAUCAUUCAAUAAUUGUCAAAAAAACAUAAUAGAACAUACAUUAUGGUAAAAUGUUAUCGUAUUUUGUGUGUGGAAAACAUUUAACGCAGCAAAGUUUCAAAUGCAUAAUAUCAUUCCAGUUGUAUUAAUAAUAUUGUUCUGUAGCUCGACUGUGAACCGAUAAAAUGUCAUAUGUGUGUGAGAUGCAUAAAUGUACAAUACAUAAUGAUUCAAA